UUGGAACGAAACUGCACAAUAUGGCGCCGAAAAAGCAAAUUGUCGCGAAAAGGGACAGGAAGAAGCCGUCGUGGAAAUUCACGCUCGAUCUCACACACCCGGUCGAGGAUGGCAUCCUUGACUCCGGGAAUUUUGAGACCUUUCUGAAGGAGCGGGUGAAGGUCAAUGGUAAAACCGGAAACCUCGGCAAUGUUGUUCAGAUAGCCCGUAUGAAGAACAAAAUAACAGUCACGUCAGAAAAGCAGUUUUCCAAGAGGUACCUCAAGUACCUCACGAAGAAGUACUUGAAGAAGAACAAUCUGCGUGACUGGCUGAGAGUGGUGGCCUCUGAUAAGGGGAGCUACGAACUGCGCUACUUCCAGAUCAGUCAGGAGGACGAGGAGUCUGAGACAGAAGAGUGAAGAGAUGGAGGCGAUGGUCAAAAUAAAGAUGGACGCUGUUGGAAAUUUCA